CCGUCUCUUUCUCUUUCUCUGUCUCUCUCUGGCCCAUGAUCCUGGGACUGUCUGUGGCUGAGGAACACUUUUAGACAUCUUCCUGCCUUUCCUGUCUCAGGCCUCAAGGCUGGCUGAGUAGCUGGCUGCCGGCUUGGCGCCCCACUUCGAUGUCUCAAUUGAAGAAUGUGGAAGCCAAGAUCCUCCAGUGUCUCCAGAACAAGUUCCUGGCCCGGUAUGUGUCUCUCCCAAACCAGAACAAGAUCUGGACAGUGACCGUGAGCCCCGAGCUCAGGGACCGCACCCCUUUGGUGAUGGUGCAUGGCUUUGGGGGUGGCGUGGGCCUCUGGAUCCUCAACAUGGAUUCACUGAGUGCCCGCCGCACACUGCACACGUUUGAUCUGCUUGGCUUCGGGAGAAGCUCCAGGCCAACGUUCCCGAGGGACCCAGAAGGGGCCGAGAAUGAGUUUGUGAUCUCAAUAGAGACGUGGCGGGAGACCAUGGGGAUCCCCAGCAUGAUCCUCCUAGGGCACAGUUUGGGAGGAUUCCUGGCCACUUCUUACUCUAUCAAGUACCCUGAAAGAGUUAAACACCUCAUCCUGGUGGACCCAUGGGGCUUUCCCCUCCGACCGACUGACCCCAGUGAGAUCCGUGCACCCCCAACCUGGGUCAAGGCUGUGGCCUCUGUCCUAGGGCGUUCCAACCCACUGGCUGUUCUUCGAAUAGCUGGGCCCUGGGGGCCUGGCUUGGUGCAGCGAUUCCGACCAGACUUCAAGCGCAAGUUUGCAGACUUCUUUGAAGAUGAUACUAUAUCAGAGUAUAUCUACCACUGCAACGCACAAAACCCCAGUGGUGAGACGGCCUUCAAAGCCAUGAUGGAGUCCUUCGGCUGGGCCCGGCGCCCCAUGAUAGAACGAAUUCACUUGAUUCGAAAAGAUGUGCCCAUCACCAUGAUCUAUGGGUCCAACACCUGGAUAGACACCAGCACAGGGAAAAAGGUGAAGCUGCAGCGGCCGGAUUCCUAUGUCCGAGACAUGGAAAUCGAGGGUGCCUCGCACCACGUCUAUGCAGACCAGCCACACAUCUUCAAUGCGGUGGUGGAAGAGAUCUGUGACUCGGUUGAUUGAGCUGCUCUCGCUAGAGGAAGCGGAGAAAGCCAGAGAGGCGCUCUCACCUCCCUGGCUGCUUACUCACCCUCUGUCCUUUCCUCAACUAACAUGUGCCAGCCAGUCAGAGUCUUGGGCUGUUCCCAAGGCAAGAACACAGUGAAAAGUACUCCUGACCCCAGGCUGAGGGCUGGAGGCAGAAGCUCCAACAAGGCCUUGAGCUUCCCGCCCCCGGGGAAGAACAUAAAGGGUCACUUAGUGCCACCCCAUUCUCCUCAUGCCAAGCGUUACCCAGAUAGUGGUUGUGAAGGGUCUGUACUGAACCACGUCCCCUCCCUGCCGAAGGGAGGGCAGCCUCUCUACCCCUGGACAGAGCAGAGGCCCCCACAGUCUUUCCUAGCUCUGGAACGUUUCUGGGGGUAGGUUCCACAAAAGAACAUCCUCCUCCUCCACCUUCUUGCCCCUCCCAUGCCAGUGUCCAAGGUAUGGUUGGUACCAGUUCCCACUGAGCUACCAAGAGCAGGUUCUGGAGAACCCCUUGUUCUUCAGAGUCUCUCCCAUGACCUGAGAGGUCAUAGCCAAAGCCCUCAUUAGCAGAUGAGGAGCAGGCCAGGGCAGGACGUGGCUGGCCCAUGGUGAUAUAGCUCUGUUCCAGAAAAGCUCAGGCUAGAACCCAGGUCUGCUGACACCCGGUGAUGGUGCAGACUCCAUUUUCAAAGGUUCGAGGCAGGCACCAUUGCCAUGGAGUAACUGGCCAAGGGUAAGCCCAUCCCUGCCCACAUUCCAGCCCCAUUGCACAGGGGUGCUGUUGUCCUGCCCUGUGUCUCAGCCCUGGCUGCCUAAGCCAGGAACACUCAAGUGCUUCCUUCCCUGCCCACUCUUCCCCCGAACAGGGAGGCCUCUGGGCCUCCCUCUGUGCCUUGGGCCCUGAAGCCCCACCUGUAGUACAGAGCAAAGGUGGCCCCUGAUGGAGAGAGGAGGGAAAGGCUCUUCAACCAAGGGCCAGCUCUGGAUUCCCCUGCCCCCGGCAAGAUUUUUCUUCCUAUUCCCAGAGCUGAGGCCACCUGGAGCCCCUACCCAUGGUCCAGUGUGGAGUCUCAUGCCAGCAGUUUCCUGUCCUCAUCAGCCACAGGAUGGUUCUCACUGCCUGGCCCUCUGCCCCUGCCAUCUGUCCUCCGUGAUCUCCAGUUCACCCGCUCAACCCAGCUGUCAUCCUCUCCAAGGACUGGUUCCAGGUGCUCCUGCGAGGUUCCGGGCAGCAGGCUGGACCUGGCCCCAGAACCAGGACAGCUCCUGCCUGCUCCUUCUCUUUUGUAAAGCCAACCCUUUCACCAAAAUAGUAUUAACUCACCGUGCUUUGUACUACUGGUCCAGCUGCCUUGGGCUCUUUUUCUACAUUAAUAAAGAAAUGAGUAAAAACU